CGCUGUCUGACCCGAGAGGGAGGGCUCUAUGAAGAGGGCACAGCGAGCUGUGAAUAUGGUUCGGUGUGAAGUUGAGUAAAUUACUGUAUGGCUGCAGAUCUCAAGGGAAGUGAUUCCCUUUCAAAUCACACCUUCUGCUUUGUUUUCGGUGCGUAAAACACUGCUUAAACGGCUACUGGACUAGCAUCAAAACGUUAUUUACAACGAUCACGUGAUGCUGCAUUGUAUGUCAAGUUGUAACUUCAGGCUAUAGGGAUGGCGUCUUCCGGAUAGUGUGAAAUCGCGGAGGCUCUAAUUGAAGGCAUUUCUUCAUAAGUGUUUGAUGCAUAAUAGACGUGGAAAUCAGUAAAUUGUGGAGGAGGUCAACCGCACACAUGUUGCAACUAAGCGCAACUUUCGAUUUGCAGCAGGAUGUGGUGUCAAGUAUAUUUAAGAAAGAGGCGACUGUAGGAAUAAUCAAAGAAUACUCAGGGAUCGUUGACACUCGGAUCCUCAACAUUGAACGGGAUGGAGGAGUCCUCUACUCCUGGAAAGGGGUAACAGGGACCACCAGGAUCGGGAAAUAUGACCCCAAUACCAGACAGAAUAAGCUCCUCUACACAUUUGACAAGCAGGUGUGUGUCAGCAGCUGUUCUCUGAAUAAGGAGGAGACUCUGCUGGCGGUCAGUUUGGCACAGAGGACAAGAACAGAGGAGCGCCUCAGACCAGUUUCAAAAUGUCUGACCCUCCUCAUUGAGAUCCAUCCCAUUAACAACACUAAGGUCCUGAAGGCUGUCGACUGCCGGGUCAGAGUUCAGUUCCUCCAUCCAGACACAGAGAGGGACUCAGUGCUGGAGAGUCACCUGCUGCUGGUAGCAGAAGAUGGCUAUGUGGAGCAGCUCCAUGUAAUGCUGGUCAGACAAGAGGGUUACAGAGUGGUGAUGUUGAACCCAGAGUGCCUGGCCAGAGACAGGGUGGCAGAGGAGUUCAGUUGGGUCCAGUGGGACAGCCAGACACAGAGACUCUUCUACCUCACACACAGGGAAAAAGCUGUGCUGAAAUGUGUGCAAUUCUGCCAUGACCGCAACUGUGAGACCUUGUUUGAGCUUGUCCUGGAGGUGCCCUCUAACCCUUUCAGCUGUAUGAGGUUUGUUAACCUGGGCUUUGACCAUCACCAAGAGACUCAGCAUGAACGGGAGGAGAUGAGGAUGGUGGUGAUCACCAAUAACACAGAGGGGAGUAUGUGUGUGUGUUACAGCCAGCCUGCUUGUGUCAACCAGGAGAUCACAUACACCAUAGUCCUGGUGCACAGAGGCUGCAGUAAAACGUUCUCAGUGGCUCUGGAUGGCACCCCUAGUCCAUGUAGUACAGAUCUCCUCCCUCUCUUCAUCCCUAUAGGUUACUACGUGGUAGUCUACCUGUCUGGUCACUUCCUGCACUGCAUCAACACCAGGCAACAGGAGCUGCUCUGCCACAGCCUCUUCCUCUCAGGUGUUGAUGCAGAGCUGGGUGUGUUGGGAUCAGACGGUGUGGUGUUGUCUCUACCCGAGUCCUCUCUGCUGGACCUGAACACAGGCAGGAUGUACACUGUAGACCUCAACCCCUCCUUCCUAAUGGACCUACUGCACUGCAGCCACAGGAGACCUGACGCUCAACGCCUGGCUGCCCUGCACUGUCUGCUGCUCUACAUGGGACCCAACGCUGCACUAGAACUGAAGAUCAUAGAUUGGAUCUGUGACAAUGUCAUGCCGUUCGACACCUUCGAUCAAAUUCAGGAAUUUAUUCUGGCGUCACUGUACAGGAUCAUCUAUAAGAAGUGUCUCAGUCUGGAUGAAGUCCUACCCUACUCCUCUGUGUUUGAGAAGAAGAAGGUACCGGAGGCUCUAGACCAGGUCCCCGGUGUCACCUGCACCACAGAGCUCCAUGCUGAACCAGAGUUCAAAGGAAAGGCCAGGAGUCUCCAGGGUUAUUGGGAAGAGCUGCAGUGGAGCACAGAAAAGAUGAAGUACUUUGAGGCGGUUCCAAACCCACGAUACAGAGCAUCUCAGAACCUGCCAGACUGGACCAAGCUGCUCACUACCCUGAAGUCAAAGAACAAGAAGGCUUCUAACUAUCUACGUCACAUUGAGGAGAACACUAAACAAGUUCUGUUGAUGGUGGACAGCUGGAAUCUUGAUCAGAAAGUGGUUCUGUUGUUCCAGGAAGAGGAUAGCCAGCAGAGGGCGCUCAUAGGCCUGAUGGUGGACAAGCUGAGAGAGCACCUCAACAGACACCUGCCUCGUCUGGGGAAGAAGAAGAUCGACGUGCUGGUGGUGAACUAUGUGGCCAAGCUGCUGGAGCUGAUCAGACGCAUGCUGGAGUCUGUGUGGCUGAAGUACAAACUAGGCCCUUUGGUGCUGUGCUUAAAGCAGCGGGGAGUUCAGCAGAGUGGGCCGUGUUUCACGUGAUGUGUCGGAUACUGGAGGCUACAAAGACUCUGUGUCUCCC